AUGACGGUCGACGUCGAUGUUAAUCGCAGUGGCCUCAAAGCCGAUCAUCUCGAGUAUUCAGCAUCGUCACACUCUGCUUCAAUGAGCACAGACGUAGACGACAAGACAUUGCGCAAGAAGCAGUUUGUAGCGUGUCGUAUUGAAGGACACAAGAUUCAGAAAAGAGUGUCACCUAAGAAGAAGGCACUUGAUCCGCUUCGUUAUCUGCCGGAAAAUGGCGGCUACUACGUCCUUUUUACUAUUGCUUCGUACUUGAAAGAAGACGACGAAGCAGCGAAUCAACGACAUGUGGUGCAACGUAGCUACAAACAGUUUCGAUCACUGCAUUUUCGACUUCUUAAGACGUAUCCCAAGUCGAAUUUACCACGAGAUUUACCGUCUAUGCGGAAUAAAAAGCUGGAUAAGGAGUAUAUUGAGAUGAAAUGCAAUGAAUUGACGCACUAUUUGACUCAGUUGAUGCAAAUCUCACAAAUUAAGGCUUGUCAUAUGCUACAUGAGUUUCUAGAAACAUCCACUGCAAUUGAAGACAGUAGUGAGGAUGACGAUAAAUUGCUGAUACCUUCAAGGAUGUUGGAAGGACUGCCGGGUACGAUUGUGACUGUGAGAGCUGGUCAGUCAUUCUCUGUAACGCUACCACUUGAUGUUGCUGGAGAUGUAGCAUCGUGGCAGUUUACGACCAAGAAACACAAUAUUGGAUUUAGUGCAACAUUUGAAGGUGAAAUGAUCUGUGCAUACUCUCGUGAAGGUGCAGAUUUGAAACCGGUCAAAGGAUUUUAUCGCUGUACUACAUCGGGUACAUGUACACUCACGUGGGAUAACACGUAUACGUGGAGCAAAGCCAAGGUGUUGAUUUACUGGGCCGAGGUCGAGUCGAAGAACGGACCAAUUCAAUUGAAUAGACAACAUCAACCUUCUCGUGCAUCUGUUGCAGUUCAAGAUACGGAUGUGUCAGCUGAGAGCACUGACGUCAUGCCAACGGGUAGCGGAGCAGGAUCAGAUGCCAUGGAUAUGGAUAAUCGUCGAAUGGGCUUUAUCGAUUAUACACGUAGCAACGCAAUGCAUCCACGGCAUCUUAUGAACUCGUCCAUUUCUUUACUGUCAAAGCCAUUUGUGCAUGGAUAUGUGGGAAACGAAGAUACUUCUGCGCACGGAAAAACUCGACACAUAAUAACUCGAAGAAUGUCGGGACAUGCGCUUACAAAUCCAAGCGAACUACAAGGCUCUAAUUGCAGUCGGCCUUCAGUGAAGGCGGGAUCUCUUAUCAUCCAGCGCCGUGUGACAUUUCGUGGACGCAACUGGUACCGGAAGUGGUUUGUGCUGGACUUGCGGAAAUGUGUUUUGCGUUACUACGAUUCAGAGGCUGCGGCUCACCGAGGGUUGUCGUUGGCUAAGCUCAACUUGUCAAAUAAGCAUGUCUCUCUGGCUAUCACCAGCAGUUUGAGUCUGGAUGCGGCUCCCACACCUUAUGUGUUUCUCAUUCGCACCAAGAAUCGUUCCUGGAACAUUUGUGCUUCAUCACAGAGUGAAUAUAGCGAGUGGGAAAGUGUAAUAUCAACGGCUAUCCUGACUGCGCAACAAUCUCGACGUGGCAGAAAGAGCAAGAGUGCAAUAGCUAAAGCCGCAAAUUCGUCAGCGAUACAAAAGGGUUCGCAUUUCGAUGAAUCUGAAGAUGAAUUACCACAAUCCGGCGCAUUUACGGACACCAAUGGCAGUGCCGUGACAACGUCGAAGUCGUCUCGGGGUCGUGGCAAGCCACUUGGUCGAAGUGAAGAGUCUGACGACGAUGACGACGAUGACGACGACUCGGACAAUAAAGACGAUGGUGACAUUGAUGAUCACGAGGAUGAUGAGUCUGAGUCGGGCUCCAACGACGAGUCACACAAGGGCGAUGAUGACAUCGAAGUUGUCCAACCCGGUAUGUAUAUUACUUCUCCAAUCAACAGCCGUAUUGAGGCAAUGGAAGGCUUACCGGAGCUGUCAAACCUCCCAGUGGAGUGGAAGCUCGUUCUUGCAGCUGUGCUGAACGUGGCGCUCCUGUCUAUACGGCUCGCCCCUGCUGAGGUAAUUGUGUUGGUUCUUCUUAUACUGGACUUGUAUUUAGUACUCAAGUACUCGAAGCACGCGAGUAAUAAUGAGUCAGAUGCGAUCUCAUCCACGAAACCCAAGUUGGAAUAA